AUGGGUCUUACGUACAUUCCUAGUAAAAGUACCGUCACCGUCUACCAACUGUGGAUGAGAAUUACGCCUCAAGACAUCUGUGAACAAAUACUGGAACUUGCAAAAAAGGGUUUAACGCCCUCACAAAUUAUCAUAUACCUUCGGAACUUGUAUGAUAUAAAGCCAAUUAAAAACAUUACUGUGAAUAAAAUUCUUCGAAUCUUAAGGUAUUAUGGUCUAGCACCCGAGAUUCCUGAAGACCUUCAUCAUUUGAUUAAGAAAGCUGCAGUUGUUCGAAAGCAUUUGGAACGUAAUUGUCAUGAUAAAAAUGCUGAAUUCAGAUUAAUGUUGAUUGAGUCAAGAAUUCGCCGCUACGUCAGAUUUUAUAAAAAGGUAGGACAACUUUCUCCGGACUGGAAAUAG